AUGUCUUCAAUCUACUCCAGCUUUUCCACAGACUCUCCAACUUACUUUACCACAACAUCCUUGGAUUCCACCACUUCUCCAACUUACCUCCCCUCAACUACCACCACUGAUGAUUCCACCUCCUCUACUUACUCAAGCUCUCCCACAGAAACCUCUUCAACUUACACCAGCUCCUCUCUGGAGCCACCAUUUCUUCUACUUUUCCAAGCUCCUCCAUGGAUUCAACCUUCCAGUCGAACCACCUCUCCAACUGAUUCCUCUCUCCUCUAUGGAAUCAACUACCUCUUCAAGGACGGACACAACCACUUCUUCAAGCUCUUCCACAUCAUCCUUGGAUUCGACCACUUCUCCAACUUACCUCACCUCAACUACACUACUGAGGACUCCACCUCCUCUACUUACUCACACUCUUCCAUAGAAACCUCUUUAACUUCUACCAGCUCUUCUUCAGGCUACUCCUCAUCCAGCUCCUCUUUGGAGCCCAUCAGUUCUUCUACUAUCCCAAGCUCCUCUAUGGAUUCAACCAUGUCCUCUUCCAAUCGACCACUUCUCCAACUGAUUCCUCUGUGGAUUCAAGUACUCCAGCUAGCUCCAGCACCACUCAUCUUUGGAGCCCACCAGUUCUACCUUGCCAAGCUCCUCUAUGAUUCAACCACGCCCUACGUCCCCACAACCAGUUCUCACACUGAUUCCUCUGUGGAUUCAACUACUCCAACUAGCUCCAGCACCAACUCUCCGCUUAUACCACCUCCUCUAUGGAAUCAAGUACCUCUUCAAGUAUGGACACAACCACUUCUUCAACUUUUCCACAUCAUCUUUGGAUUCCACCACUCCUCCAACUUACUCACCUCAACUACCACCACUGAGGAAUCCAGCUCCUCUACUGACUCAAGUUCUUCCACAGGCUCAGAAACCUCUUCAACAUACACUAACCCUUCUUCAAUGAAACAACUACAUCUCCAAUCUACUCCAGCUCUUCCACAGACUCUCCAACUUACUCCAGCUCCUCUAUGGAAUCAACUACCUCUUCAAGUACGGACACAACCCCUUCCCUUCAAGCUUUUCCACAUCAUCCUGGAUUCCACCACUUCUCCAACUGACAUCACCUCAACUACCACCACUGAGGACUCCAGCUCCUCUACUUACUCAAGCUCUUCCGUGGGCUUAGAAACCUCUUCAACUUACACCAGCUCUUCUUCAGGCUACUCCUCGUCCAGCUCCUCUUUGGAGCCCACCAUUUCUUCUACUUUCCCAAGCUCCUCUAUGGAUUCAACCACGUCCCCCUUCCAAUCGACCACUUCUCCAACUGAUUCCUCUGUGGAUUCGACUACCUCACCUAGCUCCAGCACCAUUGAGGAAGGAUCCACUUCCACUGAUUCAUCCGGUGGAAUGGAAGAUGAUGACAUAUAUAUAGUCGUGGUUGUGAUAAUUGUUGGAUUAGUAUUGGCAGUGAUCUUAACCUCCUGUUGCUUCUUCUUCUUCGUUUUAAAGCGUAAAGACCCUCCUGUUCAGGAUCUCGAAGGACAGUUACCCAGAGUUAACGAAAGUGACUCGCUGUAUGAAAUAUCUAUACCAAGAGCUAGCCUUGUACCUUUCACGCGGCAACUGACUCCGUGGGGCGUCCAGAAUCCUGUGACCAUUCGCGAUGACGAGAACGAAGAUCUAGAAUUACCUGAGGACCGUGGAAGCAAUCCUUACGCCCUUGACCAGAUAGAUCUCCAUAGCUUUAGUCUGCAGAGAUUCCUGAGGGAUAUUCAGGAUGCCCGAGCUCCUACUCUAUCUGGAUCCUUCAGACUUCCGAGACUGUGAAAAUAGCCAAGCGCGUCUUUUGAUACUGCACCGAUGGCCCUAUCCAUUGUAUACUGGCUAUAUUAGUGCAAAUACAAAGAAGGGAAGAGCAAGAAAGCACACGGAUAUGACGGUCUUUGAUUUAUUCUAUCCAAGGUCUAUAUUAAUAAGGUCUCGUCACUUCGAAGUUCUGUGCAGCUUUGGAUGAUACGGCCUAUGACGUCACUUGGUAGUGGUUGAGAACGGGAGGGGGAAUAGAGAAUGGUAGGUUGGGUGAAGGAGAUAAUAUAAAACGGUAGCACACUGAACAUAAACUAAAGUAAUAUUAGAUGCUGGCUCAUUCCGGUGAUUUGCACAUUGGACUGAUUUUACAGGCGAUAAUUAACGACGAUUAUUUGUAGGUAUAUAUCGUAUAUUUCACUUUAUAUUUCUUUAAGCAUGCUGCAACAUAGGUAGGUUAUAAUAAAGAAGUAAAAUGAACAAAAAAGACAUGGGAUAUGAAUCAUAAUACUGUCGAAACGCUUUCAACGAAUUAAUUAUAAAAAAAAAUCAUACAACUAAGGUAUCAAAACACACAUCGCAUACAUUCAUUAAAUCUAAGUAGAGCUUAUAUAUAUAUAUAUAUAUAUAUAUAUAUAUAUAUAUAUAUAUAUAUAUAUAUAUAUAUAUAUAUAUACAUAUAUGAAUAAUACAUAUACAUUGCUAUAAAUGUAUAAGUUAAAUGACAAUAAAUACAUAGUCUCUAGCAUACAAAUAUUGCAUUCAACCACUGAACAUGUGUAGGUCAUUGCGGCUUUUGCGUGCGCCAGUCAGUCAUGGGAGCGAAAACGGGAGGAAGAGGGAGAUUUUUGCGAAUCUACGUUUCAUUCACGACUGACCUCAUGCUUAGCAUCGAACCCCCAGGCUUUACUCCAAGUGACGUCAUGCGCGAAACGGACGAAUUGAGUACCUCAGUGACGAGACCUUUCUUACAUAGACGUUGGUGUUACUAACACUUUGUUUAUUCAUAAUGUGUGUAUGUCUGUAUGUAUAUAUGUAUGUAUGCGUGGGUGGAUCAAAACAGAAUGACGCAAAUUUCUUGUCGGAAGAAAUGUAAUUAAUUAUAGAGGAUUUUCAUUCAUGUAGAUAUACCUAAGUGUUAAAAAGUGAUACUACAUCUCUAUGAAAACCAUUCAUUAUAUGCACAUACUGUAAACUUAUGUAAUAAGAUAGACCAUUCUCCCAGUUAGUUAUUAAAUAUAUUCACUUCUGCAAACUGAACAAGAAUCGCAAUCCACAGAGAAAUGAAGACAUGGUGUGAACAGAGAGGAGAUUGAGGACACAGAUCGUCUGAAUGAACAAGGGAUGGAGAACUGAAACCAUGUUGAUAGCUUUUUUGUUAGUUAUGGGCAUGAACCUACUGGUGGUGUGGAGAACAGGAUUUUAACAUUCAAGAGAGCAGAUUCCACCAACAUGUUGUCGUGAACGCAUGCAAACAACGGCCACCUGAUCAUUUUAUUUAUUCAUUUAUUUAUUUUAUAUAUUUGUUUACUUAUCUAUUCACUUAUUUAUUUUACAAUGUUAUAAAGAUAUUCCGGUUGGCCAAAGGGACACCACUGUUGAUUCGCUGAUGAUGCAACAUACAGCGCCACAUUAAUCUGCUCUGUUCUCAGUACCUGCUUUCUUCCUACAAAUAUGCCUCAGAAAAAAAAAAAAAAAAAAAAAAAAAAAAAAAAAAAAAAAAAAAA